CGGCAGGAGGCGUCGCUCCGAGCCCGGCCGGACCCCGCGAGCGGCGCGGCGGCGGCGGCAGAGUUUGGGCCGGCGGUUUCCAUGGAAGGUGUGAGCGGCCGGGAGUGCCAGACGACCCGGGCGUCACGAGGAUUUUUAGACUCUGAGGUGUACAGUUGGAGCUAACCCACAUCAUGGACAUGGAAACCACUGAACCUGAGCCAGACUGCGUAGUGCAGCCUCCCUCUCCUGAUGACUUUUCAUGCCAAAUGAGACUCUCUGAGAAGAUCAGUCCAUUGAAGACUUGUUUUAAGAAAAAGCAGGAUCAGAAGAGAUUGGGAACUGGAACCCUGAGGUCUUUGAGGCCAAUAUUAAACACUUUGCUAGAGUCUGGCUCACUUGAUGAGGUUUUUAGAUCUGGAGACCAGAAUGCAGAUGAGAGCAGCUUACAUGAACCUAUGGUGAAAAAACCCCUGGAAAUCAAUCCGUCCUGCCCACCCACAGAAAACAGUAUGUCUGUUCUGAUUCCUGAUGGGACAGAUGUUGGGGGCCAAAUACCAGAAGCCCAUCCUUCCACUGAUGCUCCAGAACAAGUGGUUCCAAUCCAGGAUCACAGCUUUCCGCCAGAAACCAUCAGUGGAACAGUGGCAGACUCUACAGCAGGACACUUCCAGACUGACCUUUUGCACCCAGUUUCUAGUGAUGUUCCUACUAGUCCUGAUUGCAUAGACAAAGUCAUGGAUUAUGUUCCAGGGGUUUUCCAAGACAACAGUUUUACAAUCCAGUACAUUUUGGACACCAGCGAUAAGUUGAGUACUGAGCUCUUCCAGGAUAAAAGUGAGGAGGCUUCCCUUGACCUCGUGUUUGAGCUGGUAAACCAGCUACAGUAUCAUACUCAUCAAGAGAACGGAAUUGAAAUUUGCAUGGACUUUCUCCAGGGCACUUGUAUUUAUGGCAGGGAUUGUUUGAAGCAUCACACGGUCUUGCCAUAUCAUUGGCAGAUCAAGAGGACGACUACUCAGAAGUGGCAGAGUGUAUCCAAUGAUUCUCAGGAGCACUUGGAAAGAUUUUAUUGUAACCCAGAAAACGAUAGAAUGAGAGUGAAGUAUGGAGGACAAGAAUUUUGGGCAGAUAUGAAUGCCAUGAAUGUGUAUGAGACAACUGAAUUUGAUCAACUCCGAAGGCUAUCCACACCACCCUCUAGCAAUGUCAACUCUAUUUAUCAUACAGUUUGGAAAUUCUUCUGUAGAGAACACUUUGGAUGGAGAGAAUAUCCUGAGUCUGUUAUUCGAUUGAUUGAAGAAGCCAAUUCUCGGGGUCUGACAGAGGUCCGAUUUAUGAUGUGGAAUAACCACUACAUCCUCCACAACUCAUUCUUCAGCAGAGAGAUAAAAAGGAGACCCCUCUUCCGCUCUUGUUUUAUACUGCUCCCGUAUUUACAGACACUUGGUGGGGUUCCCACUCAGGCUCCUCCACCUCUUGAAGCAACUUCAUCAUCACAAAUCAUCUGCCCUGACGGCGUCACCUCAGCAAACUUUUAUCCUGAAACUUGGGUUUAUAUGCAUCCAUCUCAGGACUUUAUUCAAGUGCCUGUUUCUGCAGAGGACAAAAGUUACCGAAUCAUUUACAAUCUUUUUCAUAAGACUGUGCCUGAGUUUAAAUAUAGAAUUUUACAAAUAUUGAGAGUCCAAAACCAGUUUCUUUGGGAGAAAUAUAAAAGGAAAAAGGAAUAUAUGAACAGGAAAAUGUUUGGCCGUGACAGAAUAAUAAACGAGAGACAUUUAUUUCAUGGGACAUCCCAGGAUGUGGUAGACGGCAUCUGCAAGCACAACUUUGAUCCUCGAGUCUGUGGAAAGCACGCUACAAUGUUCGGACAAGGCAGUUACUUUGCAAAGAAAGCAAGCUACUCUCAUAACUUUUCUAAGAAGUCCUCCAAAGGAGUCCAUUUCAUGUUUUUGGCCAAAGUGCUGACUGGCAGAUACACAAUGGGCAGUCAUGGCAUGCGAAGGCCCCCUCCAGUCAAUCCUGGCAGCGUCACCAGUGACCUGUAUGACUCUUGUGUGGAUAAUUUCUUUGAGCCUCAGAUUUUUGUCAUUUUUAAUGAUGACCAGAGUUACCCUUAUUUUGUUAUCCAAUAUGAAGAAGUCAGUAACACUGUUUCCAUUUGAAAGUCUUGGUACUGCUAAAUUGUUUGAUAACGGACUCACGCCAGCAUUUGUAGCAGGUUUGGAAUGGGUGGGCUGGGUGGGGAACAGCGUUGGACGGCGAUAGGUCACUUUUCAGACCCAAUUUUUUAAGUGCUAGAAAGUGUAAUUUUUUUUUAAGAUAAACAAGCUUUAAAAUGACCACUUACUCUUGGAUUAUUUACUAAUUGUUGUUAGUGUACUCAGUGUGGGAAAGACUAAAGUCUGCAUAUUCUUCAUUCACACUUGUACAUAUAGGCAGCAAUAUUAGAAGCAUUUGAGAAAAAGGCAAGAACAACUUAACAGCCUAACUGAUGUAAUGUUUGUUCGGGUCUGUUAGAAGUUUGGCCGUAUCCCAUAGAGGCUGUGAGCAAAGUGAGGGUUCUGUUUCCUUACACUGAUGAAACUGACUGGAUCUGACACUACAACGCCUAUUUCCUGCUCAGAGUACCACUGCUUUGAUGUAGGGUGGGCUCAUGAAAUUUUGGGGGAUGGUGCAAAGAAAUUUUUUUCUAUCAGUAGAACUGAAAUACAUCACCCAAUCAAAAAACAUCAGUGACUUUAACUGUUCUGCAGUUUGCUUUGGAAUUCAGUGUUCUGUUUAGAGAAAGUUGAAGGAUUUUUUUUUUUAAUUUGAAAAACUUUGUCAUCAGCAAAAUCUUUCAGUUACCAUUCAUACAAAACAUGAUUCUCGUACUGUUAAACUUUGAACGUGGGGAAUUUAAUCUUUUCCGGUAUCAUCUACCUUAGUUUGAAGGAAUUGGGCAGAUAAUUUGGUUAAAGCCAGUCUUAAAGAUUAGAAGUCCAGUAUUACUUUCUUUCGGGGUUCCAGACCUAGCCCCUAACUGACGGUUUUAGAGAAAGGAAGUCCAUCUUCAACCAGAUGGAUGCGGUUUAUUACAUGCUUUGCACAAAGUAGAUUCUCAGAAGUAAUCGUUGGGUUGAAACUGUUGUUAAAGGUGGUAAUCCCACCCUCAUGCCUGCUUUGCCAGAUGCAGCUGGGUGCCCUGGCUGACUCUGUACCUUACACUACUUACUUCAUAGAAACACAGACUUAGAAACUGUGCCACUGGCUCAGCUGGAGCACGGUUAGGUGAACGUGCUUUUGCCUCCGGUCAGAGAGGUAGCAACUGAAUAUACUCACUUAAAGCAGAUACCUGGAUUUACUAAAGUGGAAGUAGUUGUUCACAAAACAGUUUACCGCAGAAUUCUGUCCGAUACCAAGUCUCUUAGUAUGUGUGUGGUUGUGUCAUUACCCAGAACUUUUCAGGAAUUUCUGUGUUUAAAGCAAGGUAGAGCUGUACUGGUGUGCCAGUGAAUCCGUCUGUUUCAGCACUUAACGGGGCUUCCACAGAGUUAUUUAUUCUUGCCCUAGUUGAUCCUGUUGUUUGCUGCCAUUGGCAUGGAACGGGCAACUGUGGCAGCUGUUCUUUCAGUUACGACGUGCGAACCCAGUGAUUGCCGAUCCCUUCGCGUCAAGGCAUCUCACCAUCGCUUGUUUGACUUUAUGAAAGUGUUCCAUUUUUCUCCCUAAAGGAAACAAAAGCUUUAUGACAUAUUUAUUUUUUUAAUAAAACUAAGCAAAAAUAAAAGUUACGGUAAUUCUUUAAAA